UCUCGUAACAGAUGUGUUCUUGACUUUCCAGUGUGACCUCACUUCCUGUUUUCAUCCUGCUAUUACAGCAUCUUACGAGAAUGCAAGAAUGUCGAACUUUCCUUCAGUGACAUCAAAAAUGACCUGUUCAAGGGGACCAAGAAGGGCUCUGUGUACCUCACCCAGUACAGGCAUCAAGCAGCCGGUGUUCGCUGUAAACUACAUCCAGAGCUUGAUCAAAGCUGAGGCUGGAGGUGGAUGGGAAGCUCAGGCCAACUUCAAGCUGUGUUUCCCCAGCAGAGGAGCCAUUGAGCUCAAUAGAGUCUGGCUGCAGACACAUGCACUCUCAGCAGAACGCAUGCGGCCUUCGCAGUGGGUCGAAGGCGGAAAUACGUCAAAAUACAAACUAAAGACACAACAUAAAAUAAAUUCUGUUAACUCCGCCUGAAAAUAUAUAUGAAAAUGAAAAAGUAUUUCACAAGGUGAAAUCCUAUUUUCAAAGGGUGGAGAUUACUGCUUUUUAAGAGUAACGUAAAGACUGGUGGUUCAGGUCACGGCUUGGAUUUAUAUAAAAUUAUAGCUCAAAGACAUUGUUAAACAUCUACACUAACA